AGACGCAUGGUGGGAUUGCCAACAGUGAUCAAAGCGGCGUCCUCCUUUCCACUCUGUUUCCGACGGUGGCCACCACGUAUCGCCCCAUAGCAGGGUUCGAGGCUAUGUGACACGUGCACCUCUGUUCCCGCCCGUAUUGCUCGCGAUAGUGCAGCACUUCUUUCUAUAUUCCAGUCUUACUGAACUGCGUUUACGUGGCAGCACUCCGUUUCGCCAUCCAGUGGACUGUUGAAUCAUGUCUACGGCACCUCAUGCAGGCCAUGCCGUCGACGCCAGCUAUGCCCUCGACAACAGCAGCAACGAAUGGAGCGCGCAGAACCUUCCAUGCACCAAGGGGGACGGUGCGAGCUGUAAGUUACUGGAGCACCAUCCGGAAAUUAAUAGGGUACUUCUAGGCGCUGCCCUGCAGCUUCGGGAAGACAAGCGAGGACAGAGAAGAGGUGAUGUCCUUAUUGCGGCUGUCGAGGCAAGCACUUGCCGGUACGCCUCGUACAGCUCUGUGGAAAACUCGUCCAAAGCGAGAGCACUGGACCUUGUUGAGCUUCUACUCGCCGAGCACCACUGCAUCACGGCGAUAGAAUUCAACAGCAACCUGAUGCUUCGCCCAUCGUUGAUCUCAGUAGUAAAACGUCAUCCCCAUUUGAAGAGCUUUACUGUAUGCGGAAGAUUCAUUGCAUCUGACCGCGCAGCUGUGGUGUUCGACGUGAUAAGGUCUUUGCCGCAGCUCAAGAAUCUAGCUUUCAAGUCUUACGAGUUCGAGAUGGACUCCUCGACUACGAGCUGCCUCAUUGACUACUCCUUUGACCUUCGCAUAAGUUGUCUAUCGACCCUUGACCUCGCAGAGCUGCGAUUUCCCAGCACUAAGGCCGGUUGGCUCGUCCAAGCACUCAUUGAAAACGAAAGCAUCACCGACCUCUGCGUAGGAGAAUCCGUAUACUCGUACGGAGAUGAACACUCCUAUCCAAGGUUCACGACGUACCUCGCGAACGAAAAUUGCCCGCUGCGAAAAUUGACGCUCAAAUCGAACGCCUACUACAUCAGUGGGUCACUCAUGGGGAAACUCGUUGGCGCAUUCUGCAAAAUGAAUUUUUUGAAGGAACUGAACGUGGACAUCGUGGACAUCGCGACAACAAUAUUCGUACCUACGUUCGCCCUCUUCGCCGAAGUGGCCCGUCGGAGCGCCAAACUACGCAGCCUGAGGUUGCCUUGGAGGGAUACACAUUCCCAUCUCGGUGCCCACAUUACAAGUCCUGAAGCCACGCAAUGCAUGAAGUCCUGGCAAACAGCCUUGCAAGGAUCGAAGUCACCGCUCAAGCAGCUGCGCGUCGACUUGACGGGCUUCGGCGAAGCCGCAUGCGACACUUUCUUCGACGCAAUCGCCAACAAUGAAUCUCUGCGGUUGGUGGAAGUCGACACUUUGCCAUUCAUCGAUGGGCUGGACAGGGUCUCCAAAACUAUUCUGGAGCGAGGUCUGAACGAUCGAGUGGUCAUCAAAGGACACCAUCGCCACAGCAACGCAAUCAAUCUGCUGAAAUGCCCGCAAAUCAGCACCGUGGCCGUAACGCUGGGGUGGUUCAUUUCCCGCCCGCGUGUCGGCCCCCAGUCACUUAUCUCGACUCUGGAAGUGGUCGGUAGCUCCAGUAACGUAACGUCACUGCUGGUUGAGUGCAAUAGAUUCAAUCGCGACGAAUUACAUGCCUUGGCGGCAUGCCUAAGGAAUGCGGUUGUACUCACUGAUGUCGACAUAAACCUGAGGGGCGCUUUGGCUGUCUUAUCAGAAAAGGAUCGUACGGAUGUGCGGGCGGAACUAGUGUCAGCACUGGCCUCCAACCUCAAACUUGUCAAAGUCAGCAUCAAAGGCGUGCUGCUGACCAAUGACGACUUGAACGUCCUCGCACAUGCUACCAGCAAGAGCCUCAGCCUCACCGAAUUCACCAUGACUCCUGCCUGUUGUGGCGGUGCCAGGCCUGGCAGGCUUUGUGAAGAGCUGCAAAUUGCUUUUGAGCGAAGGCCCGAUGCGUUAACGGAAGCAUUCAACUUCAAGAACAUCGCACUUGCAGACAUCCUGCAAGCGACCAUACGGAAUGCCUCCUCCGUCUCGGCCGCUUCACAAUUCGUGCUAGGUCAGCAAGAUACCUUGGACGGUGCGGAUGCCAUCGAGCUGAUGCACGACCAUCCACGCCUCCUCGAGAUGGUGAUGGAAGGUGCUGACCUCGCAAAGACCAAAGCCAAAGAGAUCAGCAGCGCUCUUCUGCGUGUGCACCACUGUAGCCUUGAUGAGUUUAUGAGAAUCGCAGGCGUCGUCAAGGAGAGGGUGGAGUGCCUUCGUCAUCCCGAUGCCAGGUUUCAGCUCGUUGACAUUAACGAGCACUGCUGGCUGCACAUUCGCAGGUUCCUAAAGAUAAGGGACGUUGUCAACAUUGAGCCGGUGUCGGUAGAUCAAAACGACGCGUGGGCUUUUGAAUGCGAUUAGCACACCAUAAAUAAAACACCUAGCAUUCUCCUGAGCGGAAACUUGCUUAGUCUGAGUACGAGUGACACCCAAGGAAUAAAAUUUUACAAUAUUCAGUGCCCUUAUACGUUGAUAAAAUGUUAACCAGCGAAGCUGUAGUGGGAUGACCACAUUGACGACCAUAUGAAUCAAUAUAGAUUCAUAUGGUUAUUGAUACCAUCGCGAUAGCGUUAAGGAGCCUGUGUCCCAGGAAAUCCAGUGUGGGACGUCCUUUCGGCAAAAAUAUUUUCGAACCCCCCUAUCCAGGCCUUCCAUGUGGAACAAGUAUUUGACUCAAAUAUUUGAAUUUCUCAAGGUAAAAUACGUGGAAAAAUCGCGAAAAAGGACAAACACACAACCUACAGACAUGAGCGCACUCGGACUGUAAUUUCAAUAUAGAAGAAAAGUUUGUUACGCGCAAACUCAAAGACCUUUUCCAGAGUUUCUACAAUGUAUA